AUGCUCGCCUUUGCUUCAGCCGCGAGCCCAAGCCAGUGGGACUUCGGGAGCAGGCUGCAGAGCGGAGCAGCUCGCGCCGGCUCUCACGCAGGGCCUUGCUCUGGCCCUGGGCAAAGAGGGACCCCAGCCUAUGGCUAUCUCUCGCUGGCUCUGGCGGCCUUGGCGGCCCCCAGGAUGAGCAGAGGGCGC